CCAACCCUUCUUCUCCACAGUUCCAUCCUUCACUCCAAAAAAAUACUACUAAAGAGAUGAGUUUUGCAGGUUUUCUUUCUCUUCAAUCAAUGUCUGCUACCUGCGGCUUCUUCUUCUUCUCCUUCACCCUUCUCUUCUCCUUCUUCUCCUUCCUCGUCUUCAUCUCCAGGAUGAAGCCCUGGUGUAACUGCGAUCUUUGCAAGAGCUACUUGACGGUGAGUUGGCUGAAAAAGUUCCCCAAUCUCUGCGACUGGUACACUCAUCUCUUGCGUAAAUCCCCAACCGGCACCAUCCACGUUCACGUGCUGGGGAACACCAUCACCUCGAAUCCCCACAACGUGGAGCACAUUCUCAAGACGAAUUUCCAAAACUACCCCAAGGGAAAACCCUUCUCCACCAUCCUCGGCGAUCUUUUGGGAAGAGGAAUCUUCAACGUCGACGGCGAAUCGUGGAAGUUCCAGCGCAAGAUGGCGAGUCUCGAACUCGGCAGCGUGGCGAUUCGGACGUACGCGAUGGAAUUAGUCAACGAGGAGAUCCACGCGCGACUGAUCCCGAUCAUGGAGUCAACCGCGCGUGGCGAAUUAAACUCCGUCUGCGUUUUGGAUUUGCAAGAUAUACUACGAAGAUUCUCGUUCGACAACAUAUGCAAAUUCUCGUUCGGGCUCGACCCGGGUUGUCUCCUACCGAAUCUCCCAGUCUCGGACCUCGCCGUCGCGUUUGACCUGGCCUCAAAGCUCUCCGCGGAACGCGCCAUGAACGCGUCGCCGUUUAUUUGGAAACUAAAACGACUCCUCAACAUAGGAUCCGAGAAGAAACUGAGAGAAACAAUUAACGUCGUAAACGACGUCGCAAAAGAGAUGAUAAAGCAGAGAAGAGAAAUGGGGUUCAAGACGCGGAACGACCUUCUCUCGCGGUUCAUGGGAUCAAUAGACGACGACGUUUAUUUAAGAGACAUUGUGGUGAGUUUUCUAUUAGCGGGUCGUGACACCAUCGCGGCCGGGUUAACGGGCUUUUUUAUGUUGUUAUCGAAAAGCCCGGAGGUGGAGGAGUUGAUUAGGGAGGAGGUGGGCCGGGUGAUGGGCCCGGGCCAGGAGUUUCCUUCGUUUGAGCAAAUCCGCGAAAUGCAUUACCUGAACGCGGCGAUUCACGACAGCAUGAGGCUGUUCCCACCGAUUCAGUUCGAUUCGAAGUUCGCCACGGAGGAUGACGUGUUGCCAGAUGGCACUUUCGUGAGAAAGGGCAGUAGGGUAACUUACCACCCUUACGCGAUGGGCCGAAUGGAAAAUAUUUGGGGGCCCGAUUGUCUUGACUUCAGGCCCGAAAGGUGGCUGCGUGAUGGGGUGUUCGUGCCAGAGUGUCCCUUUAAGUACCCUGUUUUUCAGGCUGGUGUAAGGGUGUGUUUGGGGAAGGACUUGGCUUUGAUGGAGAUGAAGUCCGUUGUGGUUGCGUUGGUUCGCAGGUUUGAUAUUCGGGUCGCCCAACCGGAUCAGGAGCCCCGGUUCGCGCCCGGUCUAACCGCUACUUUGAGAGGGGGGUUUCCGGUUCGGGUUUGUGAAAGGAAAUGAAUAGAUAAAGGAGUUCACAACAUGAAUGUGAAUGGAAUCAUGAAAUGAAUGAGUGAAUGAAGGAACAGUUUUCGUGUAAAUAAUAUAAUGUUGCAGUUAAAUCGAACGUUUUUCUUUUUUUCUUUCUCCUCUUUUAAGCUGGCGUCUUUUUGAAUUUGCGUUUAUGUUUAUUAUUGCCCAGUGAAGUAAAUACUAAAGCCAUUGCAAAUUUUGGAUU